AUGAUUUUUUUGCAGCCUUCCCUCGAGCAAUUUGCCGCCCAGCUCUCAGAUCAUGCACCGAAAUUAGCGGCCCAACCAGGAAUCCGGAAGAAGAGAGAGAGAGAAAAGAACGCUCCGAACGCAUGUGGAUCAGUGCGGUGAAUGUAGGUCGUUGAUCUCGUUUUGAUGACAUUUCCAUGUUCUUGCGGCCAAGGGAUUUCCGUUCUUAAAAUCAUUUCUUGAUCACCCAGGAGUUUUUUUUUUGUUAAUUUGCGCAAGGGAAAAAUCGUUGCAGCGUAUUUUACGUUUUGAUAAUUUGACAUUCCAAUCGUUUUUAGUCUGGAAGGGAAUUUAGAAACUCAAUCUAUAUGCAUGCCAAUUUACGUGGCCAUCUUUCCCAUGGCCAAUUUAGGCUUCCUUUUCCCGAGGGAGGGUCUUCAUUGUUCUCUUAUAAUCAGCCACUUAAUCAUCUCUUCUGAAGUCCUCGUUACCUCAAACAAUUUUAUAUUAUUCAUGCUCUGUUUUCUUCCAGCGCUUCAAAACUUUCGCCGACGCUCUUCCGUGCUCUUCCGUUCCCUUUUCCGUUUCCUUUUUUUAAGAAAAUUCAGUCAUCUUUUUUUCUCUGACCGUCUCUCCAUUUUGGGGUGCUUUUUGUGGUAAAAUGGCACAACCCCUUGAUUUUAGAUAAAUUUUUUUGGUGACGUAACUUCAAAGAAUUUCGUUAAUGAAAUAUUUAAAUUUUACUGAUGAUUUACAUGGAAAAGAUUUAUUUAUUAUGCUUUCAUUGGUUUAAUAUCACCCGUUAUUUUUGCUCUAAAUCAUCUAUUUUCCAUUUUUUUGUACUCUGGCAAAUUUUUCAUUAAAUUUUCCCCUUGACCUCAUAUGCCAUUGGACCCGUCCAUUCUUAUAAACGUUUCCUUAAUUUCCGCAAAACUGGAAAUUUUGGAAAUUGAUGGCGUAAUCGAGUUUAGUGAUAACGGUAGAAAAAGAGGAUGACACAGGGCAGAAAAAAACAACUCUGGAGACUCAAUUGUUCCGGGCAUUCAUAAGUCAUUCGGCCUCUGACAUUUCUAUUGACGGGGUAAAUGUUUCGGCCACUUAUGGUAGUUCCCUGUGGCUUUUAGGCUACAAUUCAAAUGUAUUUUUGCAUCUGAAAUUGGCUAAACAAAAGUUGGAAACAUUUUUUAGUUGUUAUUGGGACAAAUUAGUUUAGAGGGCACUACUUUGACAAGGUCUGCCUAUUGCCGUUUCUUUUUCUCCAUUGAACCAAUAGACUAAACCGAAGUUCAACUCGUUUCUUUUAACCUUCAAAUGCAGCUUUGCAUCUGUUAUGGGAUACUGUGCCGUUACAGAUUACUAGUUCCUAGCAAUAAUUGUGAUUACCAGCCAGUUUUUAUGCAUUAGGAAUAAGCACUGAACUAAGAGGUACAUUUCUUCGGAUGACUAUUUAUAUAUUACAAACCUAAUUAUCGUCUUUGCUAAUAAGCUUCUAACUCCGAAAGCAUUUAAAAUCCCAUCCCAUCCACCCUUCCGCCUCUCCGACGCAGCUUUGACUAGGCAUCCGUCAAGAUGUACAUAACAUAAAAAUAAUAAAUGUAACAAUAUUUCGGGCAUAAUGUAUGUUGUAAAGCGGGCAUUUGUCCUGAGCGUUUUGACCUUGGAGGGUGCAUAAAACUUCAUCGUCCCGAACCCGAAAAAGCACCGCGCCUGAGGGCGGCGGGAAGAAGAUAGAACGUCUCAAGAAGAUACGGCGACGUCUUCGGCGGGCUGUAUGUAUAGGUCCCCUGCUUGUGUCCCCCAGUUCAUACGUGUUGAGGGGUGUUGGAGGAGUGGGGGGAAAAGUUUUUGGGCCCAAAAUUGUCUCCCAAUUGGCCGCAAUACAUCCCCCGGCAUAACAUAAAUAUUCCGGCCGCGCUCGUUUCAGACGUCCUCCUCUUCCUCAGCGCUCCACCCGUUCAGCCGUCAAGUUGUCGCAGCGAUUCCCCGAGGAGAGCGCCUACCGUCCAGCCGAAGCGGUGGUCGUCGGGCGGCGCUCGGACGCCCCCGUCAAAGGCGCCGCCGACCCCGCCGACACGGCUUCUAGGCACGGUCAGAGGACCGACCGGAACACGGGGAUCCUGCCCCCUUAUCAGCUCGAAGAUCUCGAUCGACUCAGUGGACUGGAGCGGCUUGAACCCGCCUUUCUUCAGGUGGAUCACCAGACUUGGCAUCCGGAAGAUCAAGAGGGAUCCAGCUCACAAAUUCUACAGGACCCUUCUUGUCGGGCAGAAAUGGAGAUGGAUUCGCCAUCAACCCGAGAUCAUGAAUUUGUUGCCAAUGGCUCGGAACUCGGCCAAAACCUAUUAGUUACCUGUUCCAGCCACCUUGAUGAUCAGAAUACAGUGCCUUUCGACGAACCUUAUGUGAAUCCGGUGAUAGAUGAAAACGAUCAAGCGUCGACUUCCUCAACCUCAGCAUGCUCCAGUUGUUCAAACUUGUCUUCUUACCCGUCAAAUCCUUCAACGACCUUAAACAUGCCUUCGAAUUCGCCUCCGGAGACGGUUUGUUUCGUCCGGACGCUCCCUUCCGACCAUCAGACACUAAAUCUGAGUCCAGAUCGCCGCCGGACCCGGGCAAUCCGGACUCGAUCAUCGAUUACCAAACGUCAAAGGAUAACGUUUCUAAUCGUUCGUAUGUUCGCAGUGGCAACAUUGGUGACAUCGCUAACACUUGCUUCCUUUGCGGUCAUUGAGACAGCCAGUCAAGAUGGAAUUCUCUCGCGACGAGCAAGGAAUACAGCUGACGGGGUGGUGAAUCCGGCCAAUAAGGAUGACUUAGACAACCUCUACAGACAGCUGGAUGACACGACGACAUGUAAUCGAACCUUGGAUACUCCAUUACUCAGACAAUUGCUCAAUUCGACCAUUCAGAACAUGCAGAUUCAGAAGCCGGUGCUCCAAUGGCUGGCCAAUGUGGCCCCGCGCUAUCCCUACCUGCUGGAGAUGAAAAGUAAGAAAAAGAUGACGCUCCCUGUAGUUUUAGAACCUGACAAAACAAUUUUAUUUUGCAGACACUCCAUUAAACACCACGGUCACCAAAACCCCAUUAAUCCGGCCUGUUCCCGGUUCCCACGGCCCAGUCCAUGUUCUUCAUCUGGACUGUGCUCCCUCUCCAAGAUGGGUACCAGUCUCCGUUUAUGGGACCGCGACAACCGAGACUUUUGUGGAAAUGAGACUUCCGGAACUGGAGCUGAACGCCUGUCCGUUUAGUCAGUGCUAUCAAUCCAAAGUAAGUAUGGCUUAACGUUUUUCUUGGUAAAAGUUUAGAUCAUUCAACGGAGCAAUGCAUACAUAUUUUCUCAAAAAACAAUUUUUCAGUGUUCCUGGACCUCUCAUGGUGACCUAAAAGUCUAUGCGAAGCCUUGCUGCGAUGCCGAGAGCAGAUUCUGCAGAGCUGAUUGGACAGCAAUGCUCAACUUGUUCUACAUCCUCUCAAUUCUCUUUGCCUUGGGGUCAUUGGCCAUGAUCCUGGUGGUCGUUCGAGAGCGACAUCGACAACAACAAGAAGCAAGGGGAUGGGCUCUAAUGGAGUUGUUUUUCGUAGGCGCCGCGAUUCUUUACACUAUCGUAAGUUCUUAUUUGGAAUACAGUUUGUUACUCAUUAUUAAUUUGUAUGGUUACAUCCCAUUAUGUCAUUAUGAUUACAAAUUUUUAGCCGUUAAUUGACUGGAGUGGAACAAGAGCCCAUGGUUGCGCAAUAGCAAUAUGGCUACGUGAGAUCGGGUUCACGUUGUUCUACGGAUCCGUGGUGCUAAAAAUCUAUAGGUUAGCUUGUAAAUAAUUUUUUUUUAAUUUGAAAAAGUCAUCCCACACUAAUUGCUGAUAAUUUCAGGAAUCUUCAAGAGUAUAGGGUUAGGAAAGCGCAUCAUGUCAUAGUUCGCGAGCAGGAUCUCCUCAAAUAUUUAGCCGGCUUCAUGGUCAUAACGCUCACAGGUAAAUCAUUUUCGAAUUUGUCGUUAAAUUGGUUUUACUUAGAGAUAAGAUUUGUUAAUUUAGGCCUCGUCGCUUGGACAUUAGGCGUCCAACAUUCAACCGAACUCUGGAACAGCCAAUGGCCCCAAUGUCCAUUCGAAUCGUGGUCUUGGAUGUGGACUCUGUUCGAGCUGCUUUUCCUCUUGUAUGGAGUCCGACUCUGUUAUAAGGCCAGAAGCAGCAACUGGGUAGAACGGUAUCAGUUCACGGCCGCCGUCUGCCUCGAGAUUCUGGUCAACAUGGCCGUCCAAAUAGCCAGAUAUUUCAUGAGAGACACCGGGUCCCACGACUUUCUAUUUGUCACUGCCAUUAUUAAAUUGCACCUAACUGUCUCGGUGAAUAUUGCUGCCAUUAUCACCCCUAAAUUUAUUGUAAGUUACAGUAAUAGGCAUGCGUAACUGUUGAAGGUGAACUCGGAGACCAACCGUCGAUCGCUCAGUAUGUCUGGCACUGGGAACAGCAGUCGCGCCCAUCCCUCUCUAGCCAAACUCAGGGAUAAUCUUAUAAAUGGGACGAUCGACUUUGCCGAGAUACCCAUCAUUGACAUGAAUCCAGAAGAUAUUAGGGUAAGAUAAGUGGAAUAAAGACAAUAUUUUUUAGGCCGAGCUCAAACGAGUAUACACUCAACUGAGGAUGUAUAAACUGAAGAACCUCUAUCAAGACAAUCCUCAUAUCUCUAAAAGGAAAGGCGGGAAGAAGGUGAGCGACAAGAACACAAAGAACCGUCGUAUUAGUAUCCCCCCAGCUAG